AUGUCUCGACACACUGCGGCUCAUGCUAGCCCAGAAGGGCCAGGCGACUCUCGACCAACAGCAUUGCAAGUGGUCAAAGAUGAAGGAAUGGAAGGCAAGCUAGAGGACAAAGUGAUUGUUAUCACCGGAACCUCAUCCGGCAUUGGUAUUGAAACGGCGCGCGCGCUCUCCGCCACAGGAGCAACGCUGUACCUGACAGCCCGAAAUGUCCCCAAAGCCAAAGCUGCCUUGGCUGACAUCGCUGAGACGGGUCGUACGGAAUUCAUCGAAAUGGAUCUAGAAUCCUUCGAAAGCGUACGUGACGCUGUGAAGACGAUUCUAGCAAAGACUGACAGGGUCAAUAUCCUGAUCAACAACGCAGGCAUCAUGGCAGUGCCACGGCUGGAAUUUACCAAGGAAGGCUACGAACUGCAGUUUGGCACCAACCACCUCGCUCAUUUCCUGUUUUUCCAACUGUUGAAACCUGCGCUCCUGGCAGCGUCCACCCCUGGUUCCCAUGCUCGAGUUGUCAAUGUGUCCUCUGCCGCCCACUGUCGAGACGGCAUCAAUGCAUCGGAUAACUAUAACUUUGAAAAAGGUGGUUACGAUCCCUGGGUAGCGUACGCGCAAUCGAAAACCGCCAACAUCUACAUGGCUAACGAGAUCGAGCGCCGCUACGGUUCUCUCGGGCUCCAUGCAACGAGCGUUCAUCCCGGGGGAAUCUUAACUGGUCUUUUGAAGCACAUCCCCGAAGCGGAGGUUGCAGCAAUGUUAGAAGAUAAGGCUCUGGCCAGGAGCUCGAAGAGCCCGGAGCAAGGUGCUGCGACCACGGUGUUGGCUGCUAUUGGCAAGGAAUGGGAAAAUAAGGGGGGGAAGUAUCUCGCUGCUUGUGCUGUGGCGAAGCGCGAAAACGAUGAUGUAAAUGUAGUAGGAGCGCACUAUACCAGUCACACAUACGACAUGGAGAGUGAAGGCAGACUUUGGAAGGACUCAUUGAGAAUGGUGGGUUUGGCUGAUGAUUAG